AUGACUGCUACAGACGCUUCUUCCAAGCCUUUGGCUCAAGAUCUUAGACACCACUUUUCUGAGGAGGCCAAGGGCAGAAACCCUUCGGCUUUGAAGGAGGCAUUCAAGCAUUUCCAUGAUCCCAAGAUUAUUUCUCUCGGUGGUGGUUUGCCAGUGCCAACCAUGUUCCCAUUUGACAACCUUUCUAUCGAAUCACCUGCUCCUCCUUUUGCUAAAGGAAAUGAUGCUGCUCCUACCAGCGCCGAGGAGACUACUAAUGUCCAUGUCACCAAGGCUGUUACUGGAAAGUACGAUGACAUCUUCUUGAAUACUGCUUUGCAAUAUGGACACUCCAACGGAGCACCUCAGUUGUUGGAUUUCAUCACCAAGCACACUGAGAUUGUUCAUGACGUUGCCUACAAGAACUGGCAGGUCAUUCUGACUGUUGGUAAUACCCAAGGUUGGGACUCUACUUUACGUACUUUCACCAACCGUGGUGAUACUAUUCUCGCUGAACAGUUCACUUUCUCGUCUGCUGCCGAGUGUGUUCACGGUUUGGGUGUUAAUAUUGUCCCUGUCAAGAUGGAUCUCAAUGGUAUUGACCCCGUUCAAUUAGACAAGCAAUUGGACGAGUGGGUUGGCCCUAAGCCCAAGCUUCUUUACACGAUCCCUACUGGUCAAAACCCCACUGGUAGCACUCUUUCUCGUGAACGUCGUGAGGCUAUUUACAAGAUUGCUCAAAAGCACGAUUUCCUUAUUGUUGAGGAUGAACCUUACUACUUUUUGCAAAUGCCCGAAUACACCAAGGAUCCCGAGCAACGUAAGAAGGAUUAUGAACACAUUUCGCAUGAAGACUUCCUGAAGACCCUGGUGUCUUCUUACCUUGAAGUCGAUACUGACGGAAGAGUUAUCCGUCUUGACUCGUUUUCCAAGGUCAUUGCCCCUGGUACCCGUAUUGGAUGGAUUGUCGCUCAAGAGGCAUUUGUCGAGAGAUACCUGCGUUUGCACGAGGUGUCGAUUCAAGUUGCCAGUGGUUUCUCACAAGCCAUUGUCAAUGGUCUCUUGCAAAGAUGGGGCCAAGAGGGAUACCUUGACUGGCUCAUUGGUCUUCGUAAGGCCUACUCGCACAAGCGUGAUGUGGCUGUAGAUGCCAUUGAGAAGUAUGUUCCCAAGGAGGUGAUUGAUUUCAUUGCCCCCGAUGCCGGUAUGUUCUUCUGGAUCAAGCUCGAUGCCCGCAAGCACCCUAAGUAUGCCGAGUUCAACAACGAUGCCGUUGCUAUCGAGAACUACCUCUACGAAGAGGGAUUGAAAUUCGGCGUCCAGCUGGUCCCCGGCCACUGGUUCCUCGUCAACGACAAGACCAACCCCCCUCAAAAAGAACUCGCCGAAACCGUCGACGAAAAGAACGCUAUUUAUUUCAGAGGCACAUUCGCAUCGGUCCCUGCUGAUAAACUAGAAAAGGCCCUCGAGCUCUUCGGUGCCCAUAUCGCCCAACAGUUCGGUGUUGCCAAGUAA